AUGCGAAGGCCCCGUGGCGGAUGCUGCCGUUGGGAGCAGCACCCCGUACAAGUCAGCGUCCUUCCAGGCCUUCGCGGGCUCAACGUGCCGCUGCACGUGCACCCCGUCUCACUGCGGAAAGCAAAGGCUUGGGCAUCGGCGGAGAUUUCCCUUUCCAUCGCCACGCCGGGCCACGGCAAAAUAGCUGGAGCGCGGGCUCCGGGCCGGCGAGGAGGCAACCGGGAGAGGAAGGCACAACAGCCCACCUGGGUCAGCAUGGCUUCUGAACAUCACCUGCCACUCUCUAAGCAACAGACCAACCCGAAGAUCGCCAUCUUCGAGCAGGAAAACUUCCAGGGGCGCUGCCAUGAAAUCAAUGGGUCCUGCACCAGUUUGAAGGAAGCCGGAGUGGAGAAAGUGGGCUCCAUCCUGGUGCACUCUGGACCCUGGGUUGGUUACGAGCAGGCCAACUGCAAAGGGGAGCAGUUCGUGUUCGAGAAGGGAGAGUACCCGCGCUGGGAUGCCUGGACCAACAGCCGGAGGAGCGACAUCAUCGGGUCCCUGCGACCCAUCAAAGUGGACAGCCAAGAGCACAAGAUCGUUCUCUUCGAAAACCCCAGCUUCACUGGCAAGAAGAUCGAGAUCAUCGAUGACGACGUGCCCAGCUUCCACGCUCACGGCUACCAGGAGAAGGUGUCCUCCGUGAGGGUGCAGAGUGGCACGUGGGUGGGGUACCAGUACCCAGGCUACAGAGGUUACCAGUACCUGUUUGAAAAGGGGGAAUACAAAGACAGCUCGGAGUUCGGCGCCCAGCACCCCCAGAUCCAGUCCGUCAGGCGCAUCCGGGACAUGCAGUGGCAUCAGCGAGGGGCUUUCCACCCCACCAACUAGAGCCCCUCUCCUCUCCCGAGUGCCUGGAAGAGGAAGGGGAGCGAGACGAGCUUUCCCGUGGCCGGCUGCUG